AUGACCAACGUCUUCGGAGUCCAGGUCUUCUUCAUCGUGUUUCGAGAGUGCCUCGAAGCUGUCAUCAUCAUCUCGGUGCUGCUCUCGUUCUUGAAGCAAUGCCUGGGUCAACCGUCUCAGGACCCGGCCAUCUACAAACGACUCAAUCGACAAGUCUGGGCGGGCUCGCUGCUGGGCAUCCUCAUAGCGCUGAUCAUUGGGGGUGCCUUUAUCGGAGUCUUCUAUGGCCUGGGCCAUGAUCUCUGGUCCGAAUCUGAGGAUCUGUGGGAGGGUAUCUUCUACCUCAUCGCCAGCAUCAUCAUCACCAUCAUGGGCCUGGCCAUUCUGCGUAUCAACAAGACAAAGGAGAAAUGGAGGGUCAAGAUUGCACAAGCCCUUGUGGCAAAGACCAAACACCACGAUGCGGCAUCUCGGUUGGGCGAAUGGGGCCGCCGAUAUGCCAUGUUCAUCCUCCCCUUCAUCACCACUCUCCGCGAGGGCCUCGAGGCCGUAGUCUUCGUCGGCGGUGUCUCCCUCGGCUUGCCUGCGACCGCCUUUCCCAUCCCAGUCAUCACGGGCAUUCUGGCCGGUCUUCUCGUCGGCUAUCUCAUCUACCGCGGCGGCAACUACAUGACCAUCCAGUACUUCCUGAUCGCCUCCACCUGCGUGCUCUACCUGAUCGCCGCCGGCAUGUUCUCCAAGUCUGUCUGGAGUUUGCAAUUCCACAAAUUUCAGCAGCAAGUAGGUGGCGACGUUGCUGAAGCCGGCGAUGGCCCGGGCUCGUACAACAUUGACCAGACCGUCUGGCAUGUCAACUGCUGCAACCCGGAACGUGACAAUGGUUGGGAUGUCUUCAACGCCAUCCUCGGCUGGCAAAACACUGCCACGUACGGCUCUGUCAUCUCAUACAACGUCUACUGGAUCUUCAUCAUGCUGGCCAUCACGUGCAUGCUGUAUGAGGAGCGCAAAGGCUACCUGCCCCUUGAAAAGCCCUUUCUCAGAUUCCUCUCCAAGGUUCCUGGGUUCAGGAGCUAUGCUACGCGCCAUCUCGCCCCCCCAAGGCAAGAUGCGGGACAUGCCAUCGCCCAGGUACAGAGUCACACAUUCACCCAGGGCAUCCAGCGACCCUUGAGCGGAAAAUAG